AAGAAAUUUUUCAUCAAAAAUUAUUGUUGUUUAAUUUCAGAUCAACAAUGGACGUUCUAGUCCUGGUCGCCAUAGCCACCUUGCUUUGCAUCCUUCUCGCCAUUCCAACCUUGUUCCGCCGUUCCUCCAGCCGCGAAGGUUCCGCCGUUGCCUCAAGACCUGUCGAGGCGAACCGUGGUCCUGGCGGACGACGAGGUCCACGACUACGGCGACCUGUUCGGAAUGAUAGCGAUGAUGAUGAUGAAGAUGGUGCUCGUAAUGAAGAACUUGAAGAACUAGAGGAAGCCGGAGUUAAAAUCCCCGAGGGGAAGAUAGGAAAAAAGAAGUUGGAGAAACUUCAAGCCAAGGCGGAUAAGAAAAUUCAGCGGGAAGCCGAACUGCGGGAUCGGGAGGAAAGUAAAAAGAAACGGGAGAAGGAAGACGAAGAAGCAUUGAAGGCUAGAGAACGAGAACGAGAAGAGGAGAAGAGAGAGGAGCUAGACGAGAAGCGAAGGCAGGAAGAGAAGGAGAGAAAGGAACAUGAAGAAUACAUGAAAAUGAAAUCCGCUUUCUCCGUCGAGGAGGAGGGUUGUGAUGGCGACGAAGAUGAGUCGGAAGAAAACCGUCUGGGAAAAUUCAUUUCCUACAUCCAGGAGACCAAGGUUGUCCUCCUGGAAGACCUCGCGGCCCACUUCAAGAUGAAAACACAGGAGGUCAUUGACCGUAUCUCAGUGCUCCAGGAGUCUGGGGACCUCACCGGGGUGGUCGACGACCGUGGGAAGUUUAUCUUCAUCUCCUCAUCGGAGUUGGAGGAUGUUGCGAAGUUUAUCCGACAACAGGGUCGGGUUUCUAUCACAGAUCUUGCAGCAAACUCAAACAAACUAAUCACGCUCAGCUGAAACUAAAAUA